AUUGUGCUUCGGGAUUCUGACCCUGUCGUCCUCACCCAUCACCAUUGCACAUGUGUAGCAGGCACUGCUCUCUGCAGUCAGUUGUAUUGCUCUUCUAGACGGCUCAGUGUGCCAAUUGUGCUUCCUGUUCACAGCUUUACAGAGGCAGAACAACGAUGGCACAAACCUGGAACAACUGUAAGUGUUUUCAGUAAAUUAUAUUGGCAUUUAGAAUGUCUAGAUUUAUCCACUGUGGCUAAAUAACCUAUCAGUGUUUACAAAAACACUGAUAGGUUCUUCUUCUCAGAGGUUGCAAACAUAGCUCUGUAUUGGUCUCACAGGGUGUGAAACCUGGGCCAAUCAACAAGAUUGUUAUAUCCAAGCCUACCCCAAAAAGCAUGGCAGAAGGAGGAGUGAGGUAAGUUACUUUAUUUUAUUGUUUAAGAUUGCAUAAUUUCUGUCUACAAAUUCACUGAUUCAGUGUUUCUAUCUUGUAUACUAUAGAAGCACACUCUAUAAAGGAAUGGUUGGACUGUUGCCGGAUCUGUCUGUGCUGAAGGUGGAAGAGACCUACAGGGAUUUCCACAUGUUGGACAAACCACUGGUGACCACCAUGGUCAUGACUGUUGACAGGCCUCUAGUGGAAUCUGCUUUCGGGUUGGUGCAGAAGGGGAGUGUCCUUUCCUACCAGCAGCCGAAGCUUGCUACUAAGCACAUCAAAGUCCACAAAGAUGCUCCACCAAAUCCAUCCCUACCUCUAGUCGACUACUAG